GCGCUAUGAGGACCUCACAGGCGAUUUUCAUAUUGAUUUUUUUGGAUUCGGUGAGAAAUCAAUCGCCACAAGUAAUACCAGCGAAAUGGGAUGUGGUGUACGAAAAAGAAACUGGACACAAUAUGUCACUAACUGUUUUUCGGUUUCAAGUGAAAGAGCAAUACUCUGUAGCACGAAUAAUUAUGAGUUGCAAUGAGAGCACGGAGCACAACCCGUUAUUAGCGGUUUUCCGGGAGAAGUUGGCAAUUCUCAGCUUGCAGGUUCCCCUAAUUGUUGAUAACUACGAAUACAGUCAAGUUGCACGUACAUUGUGCCCAUUCACUGAAUAUAAGGAAGGCGAAGCAUUCACGGUUGAAGUCACAAGUUCACGUCCAGUGCAUUACAAUUUCCGUGCAGAACUUGUGCAAAAUUUUUAUUUAUACAACAAUUCUCAACGACUAGUUACCGCGAGUGCAUCCGAACCAGUAUAUCUACGAUAUGAUAUUCCAGGAGAUGUAGAUUCUGUAGCGGUUCAUUUAGAUUCUAAUUCCACGAUUUGCAUGACAGUUUCAGUUCAAAAAAUUGGGUGUCCAGUCUUUGAUCUUCCGGAUAAUGUGAACUCAAUGGGUCUCCAUCAAACUAUGACCACGUCUGCAACAAUUCCCGUCGAAAAAUCUCGCAUGUCAAGCUUUUACGUUGUUUUUGUGGUUAACACCAACGACGAUCUCUGUUCAGAAAUCUUAAGCAUCAAGCCGAACAAGCCUACGAAGUUUCCUCUUCGUAUGAAAUCAUUCAACGUCACAAUUGAAUCAUCAAUGAAAAUAUUUGACUACACAAUUCCAAUUGUUUUCUGGGCAUGCAUUCUUCUGUUAGUGACCAUUGUAGUCUUUGUGUAUCAUUACUUUGAUGGGAUUUGGGAAAGAAGAUUUGUCUCAAGAGCGUAUACACAUUUGGAAGAUAACGCCCAGGAACAGCGAAUUCGAGACUUUUACGAUUUUCAGCGAAUGUCAGAAGACGAUGAUUUGAAAGAUUAUGACUUGCUCACUGAUUGCCAGGAUAUGAUGGUUGUUAGAGCAAAAGCUAGCCUCACUGUUGCAGAUCUUUCCAUGACACCAUACGAAGAGAGGGAAUUGAAAUAUGACGUAUACAAAAUAGCAUUAGCAAUUAUUGGUAUUUUUUACAACAUUACGGUGCUUCAACUGAUCAUCAGCAAAGCUGGAAGCUUACGACAAUCUGGUGAUUUGGAUGAAUGCACAUUUAACUUCCAAUGUGCCCGGCCACUUUGGUAUUUUGUUGCUUUUAACAACGUUGUCAGCAACGGUGGAUAUGUGUACUUCGGUACCCUUAUAAUCGUUAUGAACUAUUGUCGAGAAAGAAGCUUCAGGCGUUUGUUUGCAGUUCAGCCUACAUUGGCGGAGAGAUAUGGUCUUCCCCAACACAGUGGAUUAAUGACAGCAAUCGGUCUUGCAGUUAUCAUGGAGGGAAUCUCUUCUGCUACUUAUCAUGUUUGUCCAAAUAAUAUCAACUAUCAGUUCGACACAGCACUUAUGUACGUUAUUGGAAUGCUUGGAAAAUUGAAAAUCUGGUCAUUACGUCAUCCGGACAUGGUGGUCAGUGCCUAUCACGCAUUUGGUUUUCUCGGGGUGUUUUUGAUGGCAGCGAUUGCAGGAGUGUACGUGCACAAUAUGAUUUUCUGGGCUUUGUUUUCAAUUAUCUACAUCGCCAGUAUGCUUCUUGUCAGCCUCGAGUUCUAUUUCAAAGGAAUCUGGACAUUAAAUUUACGAGAGCUGCGAAACUCCAUAAGGCUUUCUUGGGUAUCAUCAAGACAUUUGUCGUGUGUAGUUCCAGCUUACAAGGCUCGGUUCUUUGUUAUUCUUCUUCUCAAUAUAGCAAACACUGCAGUAGUGGUUUAUGGACUUGAAGCCCACCCAAAAGAUUUUCUCUCGUUUCUUCUAAUUCCAUUCAUCGGGAAUUUGUUUAUCUACAUAAUUUACUACAUUCUAAUGAAGAUGAUCUACCGAGAGAAAAUUCCAAAAAGAGCCAUCGCUCUUCUUUUUGCUGCUGUCAUUUCCUGGACUUGUGCCGGAAUUUUAUUCAACCAACGUGUAUCUGAUUGGAGCAAAAUGCCAGCAAUAUCCCGAGAACUCAACAAACCAUGCAUAUUUUUGAACUUUUACGAUAACCACGAUUUGUGGCACCUUUCUUCUGCUUUUGCCAUUUUCUUCUCUUUCACCGCCAUCAAUGUAAUUGACGACGAUCUCAUGUUUGUGAUGAGGAAUACAAUUCGAGUUUUCUAGAAACAUGUAUAUAAUUGAACAUAUAAGUACAUUCCCAUUUGCAUAUCUUACCCGCUUUUGAUAGAACUAGUCAUGUCACACACUUUCACUGGUCACUGAUUUUCCGAUUUUCCAUUUGUUUUCUUUUGUAUACUAUUUUUUACAAUCAUUCCAAUCUCUUAAUACGUCUUUCGUUGAAACACCACAUGUAUUUUGUUGUUUCUUUUGUUUCUUAAUUUCACAAAUUCUACUCUGGUCGUCUGCUUUUAUUUUGUGAUUAAAUUAUUCAGUU